AUGGGAAAUUGGGAUGCUAUCACCGCUGCAACCAGCGGUGUCAAUCCCGCCGCCUACGCCACUCUCGGUGGACGCGAGUACCGGCCAGUGGGGGAGGCUAGCGACCAGAACAUCGACACUCUCGUGACUGUGCCAGUGCUUGAUCUCAAAGCCGUACAACAGAACGAAGGAAGAUUAGAUGCGAGCUCCAUCGACACACUCACCACCGAGAAGGAAGCCAACAGAGAAAAGAAGAAAGACAAGGGUCUUUCAAGCUUGUUUCGCCGAAAGACGUCCAACUUCCACUCCCCCUCUGCAAGAAGGGUCAAUAUUGACAUGCGACAAGUCACAAGAAUGGAGUAUCUGAAGCACUAUGCAAAAGAUGAUCAGGGAGGCUAUAUUGGUACAGAAGACCCUGCUGAAGAUUGCAUUCUGAAUGGAGAGGACUUGGCUAGGUGGAGAGGGCCAGCGGCGGUUCAAGCACCGCUGUCCGUCCCUUUGACUGGAAUUGGGUUCGAGACAGUGGGAGACUCGGGGCAUCUCGCAUCAAUGUCGAUACUUCCUAGUGGCACUGACUCUACCACGGCUGACACGAACGCGACUUCUGGAGGGAAGAAGACCAGAUUCGGGCUACUCAAGAACCUCAAAGGAGGCGGUACGAGCGGUGGGACAAUCCGAUAA